AUGUGGGCGGUGUUCUUCGCGUUCGCGACGCUCUUCCUCGUCUGCUUCGGGAUUGGGAUGAUGUUCACGGUCUACGUCUGCUUGAUGUGGUCGGCGAUGCUCGGAGACCAACCAGAGGCGGCGGCGAUGGCAGCAGAAGGGAAGGCGGGUGCGGGGCUGUCGACGGCGGAGCUGGAUCAGCUCGCGGCCGUCGUCGUCGGAGCGGGGGUGGGACCGCGUGGGCAGGAGUGCGCAGUCUGCCUGGAAGAGAUCGAGGAGGGGCAGGCGGCGCGGGUGCUUCCCGGUUGCCGCCACGCGUUCCACCGGGAGUGCGCGGAUCGGUGGCUGGCGGAACAUCGGGAAUGCCCCCUUUGCCGUACCGUCCUUUGUCCUCCGCCGCCGACGCCGCCUCCUGCUGCCGCGCAAGUGCAGGUGGUUGUGGCGUAG